GCCGCGGCGCACCCCGUGCUGCAGCUUCGGGCAGCGGGGCGCCGCGUCCCAGGGAGGCUGCGGCGGCGCCGCAACGCGGCCUGGCAUGCCGCCGAGUUUCCGCCCGGCGGGUUCGCCCACGCCGACGAUGCGGCAACCACUCGGGCAGCCGCGGGCCCACGGCUCCGCGGCGUUGCCUCGGCAGCCGCCCCCUGCACCCCCGCACCCUCGGCCCCGCGGCCUGCCGGUGCGGCCUCGCCCGUGAAGGAGCUCAGGAAGGAGGCGCCGUCGUGGCCUUGCGGCUGGGUUGGGGCGUGCGACGUCGAUGCCCUCCUGGAGGAUUUACGGCCGUCUGCUCGCGGCGUUGCGGCCGAGUGGGUCGUCGAGCGUGAGAAGGGCGGCCCGCGGUGCAGGAGCAUGAGCGGGAGCUGCAGCAGGAGGAGCGUCCUGGAGCCUGCCGCGGUGGCUGGCGCUGUCGAAGUGGCCUUCUCAGUGGUGUGCCCGCCGACAGUGCCGGUGCUGGCGAGUGCGGCCAGGACUGCGCAUCCAUCGUGGACAAAAACGCCCGCGUGCAGCGGCGAGGCCCAGAGCGUCGUCGUGCGCGAGGAGGACUGCGCGAUGGCCGUGGAGAGGGGCGUGGUGGCGGACGGGCUCCACGACGGCAUCGUGCGUACGGAGGUCAUCGCCUCGGACCUGGCCUUCGAGAGCGGCAUGGUGGAGCUGGAGGUUGUGAGCGAGAACUGCUCGCUCGGCGUGUACCAGUGCCCCGCUCGGCACGAACUCGUUCUCCGCCGCCGCCCGCCGUUCGCCUUCGUCCGCGAGUGGUGCUCGAAAACAUUCGACAAGCGGACGGCCACGAG